AUGGGCCUGCGCAGCCCAGCGGCCUCCAAUCAGGGCAGCGCCGUGCCGCCCCGCCGCCAGGCGGGGCAGCGCUCGGGCCGCGAGGGAAGACUCAGCAUGUGGCCCCAGCGGCCUCCGCGGUGGGAGGAGGACGCGCCCGAGGAAGACAGGCCCCAGAGGGUCCCGUGGUCGGGGUGGGACUCGCCGCGGAGGGCCUUGCCGGAGGAGGAGUGCCCCCACCGCGUGCCCGAGGGGCGUCCCCACCGCUCCCCGGAGAGCCACGAGUGGGACGAGGAGACCUGGGUCACUCCGGAGCGGGAGCUGACGCCGUCGGCGACGGAGGAGUCAGAUGAAGAGCCAUUGAUAGGGCGUUUGGCCCAGCGCCGGGCUCUUCCUGUGAGCGAGAGGCCUGCGCGCCGGAUCUGCGUUUGUUGCCAGAGUGUUCCCCCCACCUCGCCCAGCCCCGCGCCCAGCCCUGCUCCCAGCACCGCGCGCAGUACUGCCCCCAGUAGGCCCCAAAGCCAGGCUGCGGCUGCGGGUCAGCCCCCAAGAACCUCAGCACCCCGCUCCGCCUCGACCAGCCCAGAAAUACCCCCUAAAAGAAGGACACUAGAACCCUGGCACCCCAAAUAUAAAGUUAAGGCGAGAUUUCAGAGGCGCGGUGGCGGCGGCUUCUCAACCCCAGCUUCCAGCCGUACCAUGAGUCACCCAUCGUUCAUGGCGUUGUAUGCGGCAGCUGCCCGAAGGGGCCUGGGUUCCUCUGCUCCCACCCCGGCGCCCACAGCAGAGCUGCAACGUGGUGAGCUCAGGGAAGCAGGUACCUCCCUGAGCUCCUCAGCGAACCCGGCGGUUCCCUUUGGGCCCACACAGCUUGGUGCCCGCGGCCUGGAGACCCACCAACCUGGUCCUCAGGGCGAGACGGUGUAUCCCAGUUCAGAGUCCCCCUGGGGCUUCCCUGCAUUGUCCCCUCAAGAGAUCUUUCUUUCAGACUCUCUUCUGCCCCCGACGGAAGCAGGAACUUCCUUGGGCACGGGGGCUCCCCUUGGGCCCGCAGAGCUCAGUGCCCCUGGCUCUGAGACCCACCAGCAUCCCAGCUCAGGGCCCCUCUCGAGGUUUCCUGUUCUGUCCUCUCUGCUGUCCCAGACAAGCCGUAUCCACAUGCGCCUAGCCAGGCCGAUUUAUCAGAUAAUGGCCCCGCUGCGCCUGGUGGCUCCUCCUCCCAUCAUGACCUCCUGGGUCAUCCCCAGGCCGUCCCCUGGCUGCUCCUCCGCCUGGCUCAGUGGGCCUGAGGUGACCGCCGUCACUGGCCUCAUGCACAUGGGCCAACAGAGGGCAGGACCCAGCGCUUCAUCCAAUCAGCCCCCCUUGUCUUCCUCCCCUGAUGGAUCCGAGGAUUCAGAAACCACGUGUGGCCCCAGCUGCCAGCACACCCUAAACCCACCUCGCCCACCUCUCUCAAGUACCCCAGAGCCCCGCUCCUCACCUCUCUCAAGGACCCCAGACCCCCAUUCCCCACUUCUCUCAAGCAGUCCAGAGCUCCAUCCCCCAUCUCGCCCAAGCCCCCAUUUACCAUAGCCACUCUGGGGUAGAGUGCGCCCUCCAGAAGUUGUGUUCACAUUAAAGCAGUAUUGGUUUGCA